CUCACACCACUCACAACUCACGUCACACACACGCACGCCGCCGAGGGUAAACGCCAAGGGAAGGGCGCUGCAAACAAGCGAGGACUCCGCGGGGAAGACUCCUCCGCGGAUGCAGGAUUAAAAUCCAAAACGAUACGGGGAAAGGCGCCUGUGGAAGGAGGCAUAAAAGCUGCGCCACACGUGUGGCGCCGUUUGUCACCCGAAGAGGCCCUGCGUGGGCGGCGCCCGUGGGAAGAGGGACUGAGAGGCGGCGAUCCGGCCUGCAGGCUCCGCGUCCACGAGGCUGGCUCCCCGGGGUGAGGCUCGGGGGCCCGGGCUCCACGAGAUCCGCCCGCGGGCGCCGCCGAGCUGGCUGCCCUCCCUGUGUUGCCUUCUUCAUAGUCACGAGUCAUGGGGGACAAAGAUAAACCCAUCGAAUGUGACAAUUGGGAGCCACCCGAAGAGACAAACUGUACAGCCGCUGGGCCUCAGGGAACACAGGUACAAGAGAAAGUCACAAACCUCAGAGGCAGAGAUGGAAGCGAAGCCACCGAAGGGAGUAACCUACUGAACAGCCGUGAGAAGAAGCUACAGGAAACCCCAGCUGGCUCCCACUGUCUGCAAAGACUGAGACAAGCACUGGCCUGCCCUCCUCAUGGCUUGCUGGGCAGAGGUGUCACGAAUGUCACCAUGGCGGUCCUUCUGUGGGCUGUAGUUUGGUCCAUCACUGGCAGUGAAUGUCUCCCAGGAGGAAACUUGUUUGGAAUCAUCAUCCUGCUCUACUGCGCUGUCAUUGGAGGAAGACUUUUGCGGCUUGUGAAGUUACCAACACUUCCUCCCCUGCCUCCUCUUCUUGGCAUGCUGCUGGCUGGGUUCCUGCUCAGGAACAUCCCGGUCAUCUGUGACAGCGUGCAGAUCCAGCACGGGUGGUCCUCCUCCCUGAGAAGCAUCGCGCUGUCUGUCAUUCUGGUGCGCGCCGGCCUCGGGCUGGACUCCAAGGCCCUGAAGAAGCUGAAGGGCGUCUGCGUGCGCCUGUCCCUGGGUCCUUGUGUCGUGGAGGCGUGUACAGCUGCCAUUCUUGCCCACUUCCUGAUGGGUUUGCCGUGGCAGUGGGGAUUUAUACUGGGUUUCGUCCUAGGCGCUGUGUCCCCAGCCGUGGUGGUGCCUUCAAUGCUCCUUCUGCAGGAGGGGGGCUAUGGGGUAGAGAAGGGGGUCCCCACCUUACUCAUGGCCGCGGGCAGCUUCGAUGACAUCCUGGCCAUCACAGGCUUCAACACCUGCCUGGGCAUAGCCUUUUCCACAGGCUCCACCGCGUUUAACGUGCUCAAAGGUGUUUUGGAGGUGGCGAUCGGUGUGGCAACUGGAGUUCUUCUUGGAUUUUUUAUCCGGUACUUUCCAAGCCGUGACCAGGCCCCUCUGGCGCUGACCCGCGCCUGCCUGCUGCUGGGCCUCUCCGUGCUGGCGGUGUUCAGCAGCGUGCGCCUCGGCUUCCCAGGCUCCGGCGGGCUGUGCACGCUGGUCAUGGCUUUCCUGGCGGGCAUGGGAUGGAGCGACGAGAAGGGAGAGGUUGAAAAGAUAAUUGCAGUUGCCUGGGACAUUUUCCAGCCGCUUCUCUUUGGUCUGAUUGGAGCAGAGGUGUCUAUUGCAUCUCUCAGACCAGAAACUGUUGGCUCCUGUGUUGCCACCUUGGGCAUUGCAGUGCUGAUACGAAUUCUGACCACAUUUCUAAUGGUGUGUUUUGCUGGUUUUAACAUAAAGGAAAAGCUAUUUAUUUCUUUCGCGUGGCUUCCAAAGGCAACAGUCCAGGCUGCAAUAGGAUCGGUGGCUUUGGACAUGGCGCGGUCACACGGAGAGGAGCAGUUAGAACGCUACGGAAUGGAUGUGUUGACAGUGGCGUUUUUGGCCAUUCUCAUCACGGCCCCCAUUGGAAGCCUGCUUAUCGGUUUGCUGGGCCCCAGGUUUCUCCAGAAGCUUGAACGUCAAGACGAAGAUGAAGUUCCAGGACAGACUUGUGUUCGGCUUUAGAGGUGAAAAGAGGAAAGUCCUGAGCAUAAUGAUUAGAAAGCUGUUAGCAGAGGCUAAUUCUAGCAAGAUGGAUUUUGAAAUGUGUAACAGUUAAGUUUAAAAUAUAAUUGAACCGAAUGUGUCCCUAUUUCUUUACCCAGCAGUUUGAGUCCUGACCCUUAACACGUGGGUGGUUGUAUUCUAUGUCAGAUCUACCUUCUUUUCUUUCUUUUCCCCAACUCUUAAUUUAUAUCUUUACCCUUCAAUGCCUAGUGAUCCAUUUUUUGAAUCCUCAGAACAAUGGAAUAUAAUGAAAUGUGUUCUUUUCAAAUUCUUGUUCCUUGAAUUUUUCUAGGUAACAUAAAUGAAUUUCAUGCAAACAUUCAAACAAUUUCAAUCUUUGGCAUAAGUGAGUUAAUUUGUAUAAGGACAUUACCUACAAUUCAGAAUUAACAAAGGAAAGACCAAUUUCAGUACCUCUCCAGCUGCCCAGCAGCUGCUUAAACUUACUGUUCACUUUCACUGUCCCUUUGACAGCCGCCGUCUAAGUCCCCAUGACUGUUGAGUGCUGGCUUCUCAGUUUCUUCCAUGAUCUCUGAAAACUCAAGCCAACGACUGAAAGGUCUUAGUAGGGAUUUUCUAAAUGCUAGACAGUGUUGAGGUCAGAGUGAAAAGGGUCGAUAACUCACUCCUGAGGGCUCACUUCGUGAAGCCUCCGUUUUAUCACCACAUGUAAAGUCAGAGCUUUUAAAAAUGCUACAGUGUUAUAUUUCUGUAUGAAUCAUUUAUGUAGGAAUAUGCAACAGGUGGAAAUUGCUUCAGCCACUUGAGGAACAAGUGGCAUCACUUUUUAGUUGAUUAACUCAAACUAAAUCUGGCCUGAGCCCGCUGACCUGGUGAGAGGUCUGAAACUUCACUUGGAUGUGCCCUUCGGCUGCCGUACAGGGACCGACCCACUUCAAUCUCCACAGUUCCAUUGCUUCUGAAGCAGGCCACCGCACUCCCAGCAAAGGUCCUCCUUGCCACCUGGAGCCCUGGUCCCUCCUCCCAGUGUCCUUAGGAACCUAACAGCUUUUCCCAAGAGAACAAGGCAUUUUAUCAACCCGAUCACAAAGACACUAGCAACUCUCCUAAAAGCAGAGAGAAAAUAAUGUCCGUUCUUUGCUGAAAUAUCUACAAGAUGACGAAAGUAGGAAAGUGGUAAAGAAUUAAGUUCUUAUGGAAACUCAAGAAAGAGCUGUAAUUUAAUCAGACCUUGGCAAGUCAGCUUUCCAUUGCUGUCACAACAUACCCAAGACAGUUAAUUGACCUGUAAGGAGGAAAUUAUUUUGGCUCGGGGUUCAGCCCAGAGUCAGUUGGUCCCCUUGCCUUUGGGCCUGGAGCAGGGCAUUACAUCAUGGCAGGGAGUGUGUGGUGGAGCAGAGCUGCUGACCUCGUGGCCAGGGACUGAAAGAAGAGGAGAGGGGUUAGCUCAGUGGAUGGCGCCUGCCUCGCAAGUGCAAGGUCUCUAGUUUGAUUCCCAGUCCCGAAAAAAAGCCAAGGAAAAUGCAGGUUGCCUUCCUAAGAAGUCUGGGCUCUGUCCCAAACUAGUUGUUUUCCAUGUACUGUUCUGGAGAGCCUGGGGGGUCCUCGAGAGGAACUUGCAGACACCUUCAGGACCCACCUUCAACCGCAGCGAAUCUGCUUUGUCUCCUAUGAAACUUGGAACCUAGACUUCACGAGCAAAAAAAUGAAAAGGUUUUCUACUGGUAACAGUUACCAAGUGUUUCCUUCCUGCAAGCUGCCUGUGAUUUAUUUUAGCUCACAUCCCGCGUGCACGCCUGC